GUGUUUAUUCCUCCUCGAAAUCUGCGCUCGGUGGUUCAGUUCGUUCGCCGCGGCAACGUCGUGGGAGAGAGGAGGAGGAGGGAGGGGGGGCCGUCCCUAGCGUGUGCGUGUGCGCCUCCGCAGUUUGGUGGCGGUUAUAACUCGGUUAGGAUCCGUAAUGCUGCGAGGCGUGCGUGUUCUGUCCCUUGCUUGACCGUUGUUAUCGCGAGCGCUGUUCACGGUGCAGGGACCAGGAGCCCGCGGUGGGUUGGACUAUACUGAACAGAGGACAAUGAUGCUCAACUUACUCUGUGUGUUCUCGACCCUCGCAGCAGGUUUUGCUAAUGGACAAGAUGACAGUUUGGAGAACAGAGCAGCGGCUGCAUAUUCCCGUCCCUCUGCACUGGCGGAGCCCCUGCCCAUCUUUUUGACAGAGCCCAAUGACGGCUUCAUAGUGCAGAACAAGCCGGUGACGCUCGACUGCUCAGCCUCCCCAGCCACACAAAUCUACUUCAAGUGCAAUGGGGAGUGGCUCCACCAGAAGGCCCUUUACACUCAAGAACACCUCAGUGAGAUCACAGGACAGGUAGUUCGAGAGGUCCACACGAAUGUGUCAAGGCAGCAGGUGGAAGAUCCUUAUCGUCUCGAAGAUUUCUGGUGUCAGUGUGUUGCCUGGAGUGCAUCAGGGACAACCAAGAGCAGAAAGGCCUUUGUCAAAGUAGCACAUCUACGAAAGAACUUUGAACAGGAGCCCCUGGGAAAAGAUGUUCCCCUAAAUCAUGAAGUCCUGUUGCACUGCCGACCUCCUGAAGCUAUCCCACCUGCCGAGGUGGAGUGGAUGAAAGACAAGGAACUCAUCGACCCGGAGGAGGACUCAAACUUCUACAUCACGGUGGACCACAACCUGAUCAUUAAGCAGGCACGACUGUCGGACAGCGCCAACUACACGUGCGUGGCAAAGAACCUCGUGGCCAAGCGCCGGAGCUCCACCGCCACUGUCACCGUGUAUGUGAAUGGGGGGUGGUCCCUGUGGACAGAGUGGUCGCCCUGUAACAGCAAGUGUGGCCGUGGCACCCAGAAGAGAACCAGGAGCUGCACCAACCCAGCCCCUCUCAACGGAGGGGCUGUGUGCAAUGGGCAGGGUACUCAAAAGAUCCCCUGCUCCACCAUUUGUCCAGUGGAUGGCGGCUGGGUGGAGUGGAGCAAGUGGUCGACCUGUGGUCCCGACUGCACCCACUGGAGGAGCCGGGAGUGCUCCAACCCGGCCCCCGUCAACGGAGGCAAGGAUUGCCACGGCUCUCCACUGCAGUCCCAGAACUGCUCCGACGCGCUCUGCAUACAAACUUCAGAGGCUGGAGAUGAGGUUGCCUUGUAUGCCGGUGUGGCUGUAGCCCUCGUGAUAUCUGUCGGGGUGGUGUUGGCUGCGUCCUUUGUUCUGUAUCGACGACGUCGUCAGGAAUAUGGCUCUGACAUAAUCGACUCAGCCUCGGCCCUAACCGGUGGAUUCCGUCCCGUCAAUCAAAAAGCUGGCAGAAACGCAGAUGAUUCUAAUUUACUGAGGACUGCCAUACAGCCUGACCUCACAGCCUCGGUUGGGACGUUUCCUCAGCCCGUUUAUCCUGUGCACAAUGCCACCCAGAAAAUCCAAAUGACUCAGUCGCCAUUACUGGAGCCAUUGCCUGGCCACAAGAUAAAGGUUUGCAGCUCCUCCAUGCUCGCCUCCACUGACAACGAAGGCGAUCAAAGUGUUGAACCAUCACCAAAAAGGUCAGGAUUACAAAAAUGCUCUGCCACGCUGACAGGAUUUGGCACGAUGCAAUCGCCGAGAAGAACGCACCUUCACGUUGACUUAUCCAGCUUGGAGACUCACCAUUCCACGAAGGGUUCGCUGGAAACGCAGGCCCCUGAAGCUGACUCUGGAAGCCUUACCGAUUUCAGUACAAGUGCCUCUCCUAAAAGGACCUUCCGUCAAGGAGUAAGCUCCGAAGCGCAUUUGGACAGCUUGUCUCGCAUGCAUGGAACAAGGCAACCCAACAAAAUGAUCCAACAUCACACUUUGGAUUUGGCACCAACAGAAACGUGUCUUGACAAUAACGAGAUGCACCAAGUUGGGUCGGACACGACUGUAUUUGGGACAUUCUGCUGUCUUGGUGGACGGCUGACCAUCGCACACUCUGGAGUGAGUUUGUUAGUACCACCAGGGGCUAUUCCACCAGGCCAGUUCUACCAGAUGUACAUCACCAUCCACAGAGAAAAGGAGAAAAGGCCAGCGCUUGAGAACAGCCAGACCCUGCUGAGCCCCGUGGUGUCAUGCGGGGCCCCCAGCGUCCCCCUCCUCUCCCCCGUCAUCCUCUCCCUCCGCCACUGCGCUGAGCUCAGCCCCGAGGACUGGGCCCUCAGCCUCAAGCGGCAGCUCAGCUCGGGCCCCUGGGAGGAGGUGCUGAGGCUGGGCGAGGAGCCUGCACGGCCGCCGAGCUGCCACUGGCAGCUGGAGGAGCGGGCGUGCCACGUGCUCACCGAGACGCCGGGCACGUACGCCGUGCUGGGGGAGGCGCUCGGCCCGGCGGCCGUCAAGCGGCUGAGGCUGGCGGCGUUCGCGCCCAGCGUGUGCCCCUCCCUGGAGUACAGCCUGCGCCUCUACUGCCUCAACGACGACGCCGAGUCCCUCGCGGAGGUCGUGGAGCUGGAGAAGCAGCUGGGAGGCCGUCUGCUGGAGGAACCCACGACCCUGAACUUCAAAGCCAACUCAGGGAACCUGAGGCUCUCGAUCCACGCCAUCCCAGACGUCCUCUGGACUAACAAGCUGCUCAACACGUUCCAGGAGAUCCCCUUCUGGCACGUGUGGCCGGGCUGCCAGCGGCUGCUGCACUGCACCUUCGCCCUGGAGAGGGCCGGCCUGAGCAGCACCGAGUUCUCCUGCAAGCUCUGUGUGCAGCAGCUGGAGGGUGAGGGCCAGGUGCUGCAGCUGCGCACAACCCUGCUCAACGCUCCGAGUGCCACUGAUGAUUCCCCCACGGAGGCUGCCUCUGCUGGCUCGGCCCUCGUGGGUCCCCAGGCGUUCAAGCUGCCCUACUCCAUCCGCCAGAAGCUGUGCAGCAGCCUGGACUCCCCCAACCCCCGCGGCAACGACUGGAGGCUCCUGGCGCACAGGCUGGGGGUCAACAGUUGCCUGGAGUAUUUCGAGAUGAGAGGGAGCCCCACGGGUGUGGUGCUGGACCUGUGGGAGGCCCAGCACGAGGAAGAUGGGGAUCUGGACUCGCUGGCCAGCGUGCUGGAGGAGAUGGGCCGCCGGGAGGCCCCACACCCUGCCCUGGCCCAUGCUUGAACCCUGUGAUGGUCAAGCAGAUGAACUGCAGACCACCUAAACAGAGGCUUCGACAGCGAUUUAGACACCUACUGUAAAUUAUCGAUGGUGAGCAUAAAAGCAGCAACUAUGAAGUCCAGAAAGGAUGCAGUUUUUAUUCUGCAUUCGUAUGGCAGAGAGUUGAUCAGAAACUUUAUAAGGUCAUGUCGCGUUUGUUGAGUGAGCCAGUGGAUGGCUUCAGGAGUAGCCUCAUGGUGAAUAUCUGAAAUGUUGCCAGCAAAUAAUUUAAGCGGGCAGUGGUGUUAUUACGUGGUCCAUGGUUUGAGAUCGGUGCACGCAGUCACUCUGUGGGCUACUCCGCACUUAAGAGCUUGAAUAAACUAAACUGAAAAUAGUGACGUCUCUAAAAUCUCUCUCAUCUAUUUUGAUACAUUUUUAGUUGUGAAGUUUAAAUCUCAUACUGCAAAGAACUGCCACAUAUGUUCUUAUACCUGGAACGAUUUAUCCAUAUAUCUACACUCAGAACUGCUUUUCUGUUUGCUAGGAAGAGUAUUAUAAAUUUUUAACAAAAAUAUUGACUUGAAAUUUAAAAAGAACCCAAAUGUUUCAGUGAUGUACCAGUCUCAAAAAAUGGAUUAAAGUUCAUACCGUGACAAUGUUUUCUUCCCCUGUGUGCUUUACUUUAUAACGCAGGUGUUAAAAUUGGUCUCUGGUCAUUGUUAUAAACACUCCUUAAUAUCGUGCUACUGUUUGCUUUGUGACAAAACUUUUGAAAAUGGGAAACUCAAUAUCUUUAAGUGCUCCACUUGGUACUGGAAGGUUCCAGAACCCAUUAAUGAUAGAUUUCUUGAAGCUUGUUCAGAUCAGCAGUCGUUGAUGUAAAUAUUUAGUGUGACUUUCCUACAUGAGUUGUGUUCUUACACGAAAUUGCAUUGUGAUUUAUUUCUGUAUGUUUCGAUGUUGUUUAUAUGCCAUGACCUAUUUUUAUUUUCAGUGUAAUUUAAUUAAGUUUUCCAUGUUUUGCAUCCAGGUGAACAUUAUGUGUAAAUAGACCUAGCAUUUUAUUGCAUCGAUACUCAAUGAACAUCCAAUAUAUUUGUAAUAUCAAGUCUCAAUAUGUGCAUACAUUUUACAUAGCUUCUCUUUACAAUUGCAGAAGCUUAAUCAAAUGAACCGAUCUAUUAAUUUGUAUUCAAUCUACCCAUAGUGAAACUCCAAACUGAAACUGUGACCUGCACCUUUUAAUAGUUUCGUGCAAAAAUGCGAUGGGCAUUGAGACUUGCUGUGACGUUGGUGUACACCUUGAGAAACAUGUGGAAAAACCAUGUGCUUGAUUUCACAACUUUUGAGAGCCAUGUAAUUUUCAAUCACAGGUGUAAGUGAACAUGCCUAUAUGCCUAUUGUCAUUGCGAAUUUUAUAGAGAGAAGAGCACCAAACACCAGUUUGUUUUCUUUAAAUUAGUGUUGUGUCAGUAAGAAAAUCUACCAAAAGAAAAUUAUACAAGCUUGCACUCAUAAGAUAAAGACUAUUACUUUCCCCACUAACUCUAUGUCAUGAUGACAUUUUUUUAAAAAUACUGUUAUGUGUCUUGAGUGUGGAAAUUACAGAAUAGCUACAUGGCUUUUUAGCAUGCAUAUAUUGUUUGCAUAUACAGGGUCACAAGACAACUUGGGAACUUGCCUGUUUGAGCAAGGUUGUGAGUUAGGGCUCCAUACACUCAGCCCAUUUGUUUUCGCUGAUUGAAGCUGAAUUUUAAGUUGGGCCGAAUAUGUAAGCGCUUCACUCCAGGACCAGAUUACCAAGCCAAUGCCUGCUUGCUCAGUGGGCCAGCCAGUCCAUUUCUGUGUAUGCAUACACUGCAGUAUUUCUUUACAUAUGAAAACCCAAGCAGAAUUUUUCAAGCCGAUACAAAUGUACUGCAAUUUUGUACAAGCCUUCAUUUAUAAUGUGCAAUAUACAUUAGCGUUUGCCAGUACUAUAGAACAAAAAUAAAGCAGAGGUAGCCUUAAAUGUAUACUUGUUUGUAGACCAGAUCACAGUAUAUUCAGUUCCAAGCUAAACUAUUUCAGAGAUUAAUAUUCUUGGUGCUUUCGGUAAAGUCACGUAGAAGAGAAACAAAUAAUAAAAAUAUAAAACAAUAAAAUUUCAAAUUUUCUUGUUGUAGUUUUCACACCU